UCCCACCACCACAACCACCACAACCACCGCCACCAACACCCCUCAAUCACCCCCCAAUCUCCCCAAUAUCCUCCAUCCAACCCCACCGGCCGUAUAUCCCCCAGCACCGCCUUCCGCGAAAGCCUUUUCGACGCGCUCGGCGACGACGAAGGCGCCUCAUACUGGGAAUCCGUCUACGGGCAACCGAUCCACACGUACGCCGUGCCCACGACCCCCAACCCGGCCACGGGGGAACUCGAGAUGAUGGACGAGGAGGAGUACGUGGCGUACGUGCGGAGCAAGAUGUGGGAGCGGACGCGGGAGGGGAUGCUCGCGGAGCAGGAGCGGGUGCGGGGCGAGCGGAUGCGGAAGAAGAGGCGCGAGGAGAGACGGGAGGCCGAGAGGAUGAGGUUUCAGGUGGAGGUGGAGGGGAGUUUGAGGAGGGGAGGGAGAGGAGGAGGGGAGGGCUUGGGGGAGGCUUGGGUGGAAUAUGCUAGGGCUUGGGCGUGGUUGGAUGCUAGGAGGGAGGGGGGUAAAGAGGAGGGGGAUGGGUUUCGGGAGUUGGUGUUUUGGCCGGUGGAGUCGGGGAAGAGGAGGGAUGUUUGUAGGGAGAAGGUGGAGGAGUUUUUGAGACGGUGUCCGGGUGCUAGGGGUGCUGAUGGGGAUGGCGAUGGGGAGGGGAGCCUGUUGGCGACCUUGAAGACGGAGCGGGUGCGGUGGCAUCCGGAUAAGAUCCAGCAUCGGUAUGGGGGGCUGGGGAAGGGGAUCGAUGAGGCCGUCAUGCGCAGUGUCACGGAGGUAUUUCAGAUCGUGGAUCAUAUGUGGAAUGAGGAGCGGAAGAAGCAGACGCCAUCUUGAUGGUUUGAUAUUGAUAUAUCCUGGUCUGGGAUGUACAGUGACGGGCAUUCGGCACGCACAUGCAUGGAGUUAUUAGUGUUAUAUGAUACCCACCCACCCUUUUUGUUAUUUUAUAUGAGCUAGGUCAGCUUUGCUAGUACUAUGCAGUAUAUCUCUCACCUUCCUA